AAUGCACACAUACACGAACGGCCCACGCACACCAACAACAAAAAGCAAAGGCAAGAGAAAGUGCUUGGAAAAAUUCAUAUUCCGCCAUAUUAAAUUUACCGGCAAAAUUCAAAAUAUUUACAUAAACAUUAAGACAAGGUUAAACAAUUGUUGAAACAAACAGUUGUGGGCCAUCGGCUGAAAGAAGCGAGAGGGCGAACAGAAGAGAACGGUCCCGUCGCCGUCUCCGUUUUGUCUGGUCUGGCAAGUUUCGGAGGAAAGGGAAGCAGCAGAGAACAAAUACCGACAAAACGAUACAAGGGAUGAAGAAAUAAAUUUGUGGCUGCUAACCAACACAGAGAAGGACCGCGCGCACUUACACAUAUACACACACAGAGAGAGCUACACAAUUAUUCUCACGCACACAUACAGAGGCAGCUAGACAGAAGCCAGCGAGCGCGCGUAUAGAGAGAAUCGAGAAUCCAGCAGGGAACGGGAACGAGGCACACAAAACGAUGACAAGUCAUCAUCACGGCGGUGGAAACUACCAUCAUCAUCAUCACCAACAUCAUCAUCAUCACCAUCAUCCGCAUCAGCAUCAGCCGAGAGCUGCAAUAGUGAAAAAUUUAUCCCUAGCUGCUGCAGCCGUACCCCUGCCCAUGUCCUCUUCUUCUUCAUCAUCCAAUUCUGCAUCUGUGUCUGUGGCACCGUCAUCCUCCUCCUGUUCUUCGGCUUCAUAUUUUACACCGGCGAUUGUGGAGCAACAUCCGUAUACCAGCGAUUUGGAUGCAGCAGAGAACGAAAGCUUUUUAAUUGAGGAAAUAAUUGAUGAUUAUGAUGAUGAGGCGAAUAUAGUCAUUGAUACAGGAGAGUUCUUUAUAUCGGGAGAUGUCUAUGAAUAUUAUCCCGUUGAUCGUUUGGAUAGAAUAGCCACAGCAGAUGCUUUGCCCCCACCUAUAAUAAUGCAACAGCAACAGGCUAGCGAUGACGAACUGGACGAUUUUAUAGCCGAAGAUGAUAUGCAGCGAGAAGAUUCACAGGAGGACGAUGCCGAGGAAGAAGCUGGAAGGGGAACAACAAAUGCCUUCGAAAUCGCCUCGGAAUUGCUCACCACAAUCGAGGCAACAAAUAUCAAAGAAGAGCAGCUGGAGGCAACUAGCGAUUACUACAUGAAAGACGCAUCGAAUAGCCAAACGAAUGGUGAGGAUUCUAACAGCUCAACAGCUCAGGACUUCAAGCCCUUUGGUGGUGCCGUUGGCUGCACCCAGAAAAGAGUAAUGGCCUCAACGCGUCGCUGGAAGCAGACCAAGGUGCCCAUACGCAUAACCCAGGAUGAAUUCAAUGUGACGCUUUGGUCAUCACUCAAUUCGGAAGAUGAGGACGAAGAAGAGGAAGACGAUGAAGGGGAUCAGGCGAGUGAUAUAAAAGAAACUCAACCAGGCGGUGGUGUACCCAAAUUGAUAAUAGAUGACAUGCCCCAUGAUAUUUUAAACGAUGGCAUUGGCAAUGAAUAUGUUAUCCUACCCGAUCCAUUCAGCGCUUCAGCCGUCACUGAUGUCGAGGAAGUGGUCAAUGCAUUUAUGGGCGGUCAUGAGGUGAAGGGUGAGGAAGACAGUCAACCGCUAAGCGAGCAAUUUAUCUAUGCAGAUAACCAUUUAGAUGAGCCCUAUGGCCAUAUAGAACUCAUAGAGAAUAUGCCCCAUAAUGUGGAGCUAAUCGCCACAUCAUCACCACCAUCAGUAGCAGCUGCGGCUGGAGUAUCAACGUCAACCACCACCAAAAUGGUACUACAAAACAGCAGUACGAAUGUGCGACUGAAAAACAACAACAACUCCACAACAAUGAUGGCAACAGCAGCAACGCCCAGCGCAUUAGUGGGUGGUGCCACAGGAACUGGAACUUUCGGUAGCAUAACGUUAAAGGCGAUUAAGAGGGAACAACAGCUACUAGCAGCAGCAGCCGCCUCGUCAGUUUCCUCAUCCUCCGCCGCUGUCAAUUUCCAUCCGCCGCCUGCUGCGAGCGGUGGAAUCAACCGUCUAAGCUCAUCUGCGGCGGCGGCGGCGGCUGCUGACGAUGAUGAGGAUUCAUCAAAAUAUCGGUGCACCCAUCGCGGCUGCUUCAAAGAGUUUCGAAAUCAAUCGGCAAUGCGCAAACAUAUGCACACUCAUGGCCCGCGUGGCCAUGUCUGUUCGGUGUGCGGCAAGAGUUUUGUGGAAAGUUCCAAGCUCAAGCGUCAUCAAUUGGUCCACACAGGAGAGAAACCUUUCGAGUGCACAUUCGAGGGCUGCGGCAAGCGAUUCUCAUUAGAUUUCAAUUUGCGUACUCAUGUCCGAAUCCAUACGGGAGAUCGCCCCUAUCAUUGUCCCAUUGAUGGUUGCUCCAAAUGCUUUGCCCAAUCCACAAAUCUAAAAUCCCAUAUGCUCACGCAUACGAAACCGAAACGAAAAUGGCCUCGUGCGCCUCAGGUUAAUAAUAAUAAUAACAAUAAUAAUAACAACAACAACAAGACGCCGCUAGUGGCACGUUACGGUCGGCUGGAGUUUGGUGAAGAUCCGCGUCUAGUUUAUGUGGAGCCAAAUGGGGAAAUGCAAUCAUCAUCAUCGUCAUCAUCAGCGUCUGCAGUGCUGCUGGAUAGCACAUCCUAACAAGCAACGGCGACCUCAUCAUCAUAACCAACACCACCACUAAGAGUAGUGGUUAUUAAAAAGAAGCAUCCAUGAAUGAAUUGUACAGAUAGUUAUAAGACAUAGGAGCAAAAAUGGUUGGCACUUGGUGUCACUACCAAUAAACUCCCAACAAAUACAGCUUCCUUCCUUUUUCAUCCAUUGCUGCUGCUGCUUAAGCAAUCAAUUCGAGUGGCCAAGAUGGGUGAAGUGAAGGGGGUAACUGCGAUUUGUCGAAAACAGUU